AUGAUACAUAACGGUGGUGAUGGCCGCAUUACUAUGUCUUUGUUUACAGAGUCACAAUACGGUAGUGAGCGAUGCUCAAGAUUGUUAACUGAAUCUUUUUUUAGAAAAACGAGAAAAGGUCAUGGAAAACAUAAAAUUGCAGACCACAAUGGAAGAAACGAUUUUGAAAAUACAUCAAACAACAGUCAUGACGAAUGUAAUUCUAGAGAUUUAAUUGAUCUUCAAGAGGAUGCACGUGGUUCUGAGGGUUACAUGGUUAGGAACCAUAAGAAAAAUAAAAGAACUUCUGUAAAAAAGAAUGGUAAACGCAAUAAUAAUCGUGAACAAUAUAUUGAGGAACAGGAAAAUUAUGAUGAAUAUAAGGUACAAAAUGGGCAAUAUAUUGAUACGAGUUACACUGAUGGAUAUGGAUGUUAUUAUGGUGAGGAGAUAUAUGAUGAAAAUAACAGGAAGGAUCAAACAUACGCAGAUGGAGAAGGCAACAACCAUAAUUACGCAAACGGAGAAUACUACAAUGGUGAGCCCUAUAUGUACAAUGUCCACAAAGAGGAAACAUGUCCUGAUACUAAUGAUGGCAGCUUGGAUUGGCCUGAUAAUAUAAUGUGGGGAUACUCAGAGGAUGGGGAAGCUGCAGAGGCUGAUAAUACAAAUAAUUUUAUAUCUCGAGUUAAUGAUAUGGGUAACACGCAGACCAAUAAAGGGGUAUGUUCUCAUGAAACAUAUAAAAAGAGUUCCCAAAAUAGUGCUUGUAGUAUAUCACAGCACGAUGUGGAUGCCAUGCUGGAGAAUUUAGAUGAUUUGGUGCAAGAUACUGAUAUGCUUAAUACAUUCCUUCUUGUCAAUAUGAUAGAGAGAAAUAAGUUCUUUGAUACAUUGCAAGGUUUAAUGUCGUAUUGGCAUGAUUACGCAGAUGAUUCCAGGAUACCAGAUUCGUAUAAAACUAAGCAGUGGUUGAAAGUCUUAGCUUCUGUCAUAGAUGAGCUAAUGCACAAAGAACGAAAAAUUUAUGAGGAAUUAUACCAUAUUAUUGCUAAAAUCUGUGGCUCAAAGGAAGCAUAUAUUACUUUUAUAAGAGAUGUAAGAUGUACCUGGAUUAGAAUGAGGCAAGAAAUAGAACAACGCUAG